CUGGACACUCCAGAUUCAUUUUACAACAUUCCUUUAAAGAAAAGUGAAGCUCGACCAAGAUAAAGUGGAUACCCACAGCACGCAACAAACAGGGUCCCGGCCUGCUCUACUAAACAUAUUGCCUUCCAGUGUUGUUCACGUUCUCCAGUCGACUGUGGCGCGGGGAAGCAAUAUGCACCCACAGCGCCCGUUUACCCAGGCCAUGCCCUCUUCACUGGGCCGAAAUUUGAGAGAUGCGGCCCUGGGGAUGGGCCAUGGCAAGAAUCUGCUGGGUGGAAAUGUGGCCUUUGGGGUUGUCCAGUCUCUUAAAGAGUGCCUUUACUUACUGCUUUGUUGCUGGUGUAUCAAAGAAAUCCUGGACUAAAAAAGAGCCAGUGGAGUAGCAAAUGUUUCAUCACAGCUGUGUUAAUACAGACAGCAGUCCUGAAUCCAGAUCGUUAUACCAAUGCACACUUUCUGGCUAAAUGUAAUAAACAUUUUAGAUUUUUUUUGUGCAAUAAAUGUUGAUGCUCUUAUUAAAACAUACGUGUUGGACCCUUUCUUAUGAAUU